AUGAAGACGAUCAAAAUACUUCGGAACAGUAACUGGGGGGCUGACACUGAAAGUCUUAUAUCAAUCUACAAAGCCCUAAUACUUUUAUCAAUUGACUACGGAGAUAUAAUCUAUAAUUCGGCCAAAGAUAAAGUCCAAAGUAUUCUAGAUCCCAUCCUCAACCAAGGCAUACGCUUAGCCAAAGAAGCUUACAGGACAAAUUCCAUAGAUAGUAUAAUUUUAUACGCAGGAGAAGCUUCC